AUGCUCCCUCUGAUCACCCUCGAAGAGCACUACGUGUCGCCCAAAGUGCGCGAAUCCAACACCGAGGCCCAAGCGCAAUACGCAGCCUUCCCUGCACACAUUCUCUCCAAACUAGAGUGUCUAGGAGAUGAGCGCAUCCGCGACCUCGACAAAGGCCAUGUAUCUGUACAGGUUAUUUCCCACGGUCCGGGCGACGCAUCCCCCACUAUCUGCACCGCAGCGAACGAUGAUCUAGCGACAGCUAUAUCGCGACAUCCGACGCGACUAGCGGGGUUCGCAAUACUGCCGAUGAGGGAGCCGUCCGCGGCGGCACAGGAGCUGCAGCGGUGCGUAACGCAGCUGGGUUUCGUCGGGGCGUUGGUGGAGAAUCAUCUCAACGGACAGUUCUACGACGACGAGCAGUUCUGGCCUGUAUUCGAGAAGGCGCACGAGUUGAACGUCCCCAUUUACAUCCACCCGACGUUUGCAUCGGACUCUAUGUUGGAGCAUUACAAGGGGAACUAUGACAACUCGGUCGCGUUGGCUCUCAGUGCGUAUGGCUGGGGAUGGCAUUCGGAGACCGGCCAUCAUAUUCUGAGACUAUUUGCUAGCGGGCUCUUCGAUCGGUUCCCGCGUCUGAAAAUCGUGAUCGGUCAUAUGGGUGAGAUGCUCCCGUUUCAGCUUGAUCGGAUAUUCGCUGUUGCGGAGCGAUGGGGUGCGAAAAUGAGAGACUUGAGAGAGGUCUGGAGGAGUAAUAUAUGGGUGACUACUAGUGGCAUGUUCUCGUUACCGCCGCUGGCUUGUCUUUUGCAGACGAUGCCGAUUGAUCAUGUGCUGUAUAGUGUUGACUAUCCGUUUUCUCCGAAUGAGAGGGGAGCGGAGUUCUUGGAGAAGAUUGAAAAGAGUGGAUUGAUUGUCGGGCAGGAUCUCGAGCUGUUUGCUUUUAAAAAUGCGGAGAAUUUACUGGGUGUUAAGGCGAGACAGUAA